GGAGAGCAGCCACGAUUCAUAUCUAUAAUAUCUAUACUUUAUGCUAAAUAUAUGUCUAUUCAGACAUUUCUUUCUCUACAAAGACAAAAAGGAAUCUGAAAAUAUGGCAGGUGAUCAUAACUAUGCCAUACAAGACUUUCGGGCAGCCGGAGACCCAGAAGCCUUUUUCCGGAACAAUGUUGAUGAAGACCCAGGUCUUUAUCAGGACGAUGUUGAUGAAGACCCAGCAGUUUUUUUUCAGGACAAUGUUGAUGAAGACCUUGGAGACCUCUAUCAGGACCAUGCUGAUGAAGACCAGGGAUACCUUUAUCAGGAAAAUGUUGAUGAAGUCCUUAUGCCAGUCGAAAUAAUUCCUCUCUUAAUACCAGUAUUUGGAUCAGUUCAUGUGCCAGUUCCUCUGCAAUCUGAUAUGGACCAGCAGAGAGUGCCCAGUCCCAUAACCUCAACCAGUGGUGUAAACGUUGGGCAGUUCAACAUACAAGCUGUAAGUCGUAACUUACAAAAUGCCAGAGCAUCUGCUUUGUGUUGCUCAACAUCAGUGUUGGAGCCUGAGUCAAGGGCAUCGACCAUCAGUGCCUCUGUGUCUACUGAGAGCAAAGACACGUUGUCAAGGAAGAGACGGAGGUGCCUCUCAGAAGACGAUGGUCCAGCUGUGGGGAACACACCACAGGAGGCCGAAGAUAGGCGCUGCUCCUGUGUGCCCUUAUCACAGGAGGGCACAGGAGGCCGAAGAUAGGCCCUGUGUGCUCCUAUCAUAGGAAGGCCUCAGAAGAGUCACAGACACAAGGCAGACCCUAGAUUAACACAAUGACCCGGUCCACUUUACACUGAGUGUCCUUAUUAGAAUGUACCAAAGUAGGUAUUAAAGGGU